CUUGUCUUGGGGAAAUAUGGCUCCACCCCCUCCUCUCAAUGGCGGCAGCGUCUGUGGCCCCUUCUGGGAUCUGGAAUCAAACUCGGAAGACCCCGAGUGAAGGUAAACAACCACGUAUGAAAAGACUAAAUAGCUGAAGAGAGCAAUCCAAAUGCCCACAGGGCAGCACAGCCACCACCCGCAUCCAUAUCCCAUCACUCAUGCCUGCUGGGGUGAAGCACCUUUCCUGCUCUGCCAGCCUUCGGCCUAGGCAUAGUGAUCUCUAUUUGGCUUCGCUCAUUCGAUGAACUUCACUCCUUCUGAACACGGCCUCAGAAGGCGCAGAAGGGAUGGGGACCCCGUGAAAGGCCAAGAGAUCAAAUAUGGAACAGCAACACUCAGCUACCCCUAAAGCAGGACUUGGCCCUGAUGCCAUCAAGACUGAGACCCAUGUGGAGAAAUUCUCAGGGGAAAAUGUGCAGAAGAUCUUGCGGGAGAACCCCCUCAGCUCAGAUGUGCAGCACCAGCAGUUCCAGUGUUUCCUCUACCAGGCACCUGAGGGGCCCCGAGAGGCUUGCAGCCGACUCCACCUUCUUUGCCGUGAGUGGCUGAAGCCCGAGCGACACACAAAGAACCAGAUCCUCGACCUGGUGAUCCUGGAGCACUUCUUGGCUGUCCUGCCCCCAGAGAUGGAGAGCUGGGUGAGGGAGUGUGGAGCAGAGACGAGUUCCCAGGCAGUGGCCCUGGCUGAAGGGCUCCUCCUGAGCUGGGCAGAAGAUGAAAAGCAGGAAGAGCAACAGGAAAAGGGUCUCUAUGCAGAAAUAGGAACUGAUUUCCCUGAGGCAGAGAGGACUCCAUCGGACAUCAGGCAAAGGCUUCUGGGUGAUGUAACGAUGUCGGUAAGACGUACUAAAGCAUCUUCUGUUUGUGGUGGAGGAGAAGCUGUUGCUGUUGCCCUGGAUCAGGAUCCAGUGUCUUUGGAGGAUGUGACUGUAUAUUUCACGGAAGAGGAGUGGGCUCUGCUGGAUCCUGACCAGAGAGCUCUGCAUAGUGAAGUCAUGGAGGAGAUUUGUGGGACUCUGUCCUGUCUUGAAGGAGAGAAGUCAAAAGCCAAGAGGAAGGGACAACUUUGUGGGAAACAGAGAUUGGAAAGAGAUAAAUCUGACAGCAGUGGCUACCAUAAAACUGCCAUCCAAGAAAAAACAGACCAAAGAAGGAAAAGAAGUAAAUAUUUUGGUUGUUGGAAAAGUCUCAAUUCUAAAACAAAAAGCAAAGCCCACUACAAAAACCAGAAAGGGAAGAAACCAAAUAAAUGCCUGGAAUGUGGAAAGAGCUUCAGUAGAAAUUACUCUCUCACUUUGCAUCAAAGAAUUCACACUGGGGAGAAACCAUAUCAGUGUUUGGAAUGUGGAAAGAGCUUCAGCUACAAGGAAAGUCUCACUUUGCAUCAAAGAAUUCACACUGGAGAGAAACCAUAUCAAUGUUUGGAAUGCGGAAAGAGCUUCAGCUGGAAAAACAAACUCACUUCCCAUCAAAGAAUUCACACUGGGGAGAAACCAUAUAAAUGCUUAGAAUGUGGAAAGAGCUUCAGCUACAAGAAAAGUCUCAGUUUGCAUCAAAGAAUUCACACUGGGGAGACACCAUAUCAGUGUUUGGAAUGUGGACAGAGCUUCAGCUGGAAAAACAAACUCACUUCCCAUCAGAGAAUUCACACUGGGGAGAAACCAUAUAAAUGCUUAGAAUGUGGAAAGAACUUCAGCUACAAAAAAAGUCUCACUUUGCAUCAAAGAAUCCACACUGGGGAGACACCAUAUCAGUGCUUGGAAUGUGGAAAAAGCUUCAGCUGGAAAAACAAACUCUCUUCCCAUCAAAGAAUUCACACUGGAGAGAAACCAUAUAAAUGUCUGGAAUGUGGAAAGGCCUUCAGUGAUCGUUCUAACCUUUCUUCCCAUCACAGAAUUCACACCGGGGAGAAACCAUAUAAAUGCCUGGAAUGUGGAAGGAGCUUCAGCAGAAAUUCCUUUCUUACUGCCCAUCAAACAAUUCACACUGGGGAGAAACCAUAUAAAUGCCUUGAAUGUGGCAAGGGCUUCAGAAGAAAUUCUUUUCUCACUGCCCAUCAAAUAAUUCACACUGGGGAGAAACCAUAUAAAUGCCUGGAAUGUGGCAAGGGCUUCAGAAGAAAUACCUUUCUCACUGCCCAUCAAAACAUUCACACUGGGGAGAACCCAUAUGAAUGAUUAGAAUGUGGAAAGAGCUUUAGCUGGAAAAAUAAAGUCGCUUCCCAUCAAAGAAUUCACACUUGGGAGAAACCAUCUAAGUGCUUAGAAUGUGGAAAGGGCUUCAGUAGAAAUUCUUCUCUCACUUUACAUCAAAGAAUUCAAACUGGGGAGAAACCAUAGAACUACUUGGAAUGUAGAAAGAGCUUCAGAAGUAGUACAAGUCUUUAUUGUCUUGAGAGAAUUCAGGAAGGGGGAUGUUAACAGGGGGCUGCCAGCCUCUUGCUUGUGGGUGUUUUGUAGGCCUGUGAAGACCUUCUGUGUUGCCAACAGGCAAGAAAAUGUAAAAGAUCCCAGAGGCAAUCAACCCUCAGGUGGGAAAAAUGUUACAGUGCUUUAUUUGAAAGGUUUAGUGGUUCCUGGCAGGCAGGCAGGCAAUAGACAGAUAAAGCAGCGAAUUAAUCUUACAUCUCCUUUCAGCCGUUGGGAGCCUUGGGCAAGCAACGGCAGAGAGAUCCCCAGCUGGCCUCUACACAGCACCCCAACCAACCUGAGUCUGUGCUGAGACUCCUCAAGCGGGAGUUAGGGACCCUUAUUUAUACCCAAAAGAGCCCCUACACUUGGCUGCUGGUUUGCACCUGUGACUUUAACUAGCUAUACCUGUGGGAUGUUUUUUAAUUUGAGUCUCACACUUCUGCAUUUGUUUAUUAAUCCUGCUGGUCAGUGUAGCAGCCUGAUUCAUUGCAGCUGCCUUCAAAGGCCAAGUUCCCAGCGCUUUGCAGUGUGUGUGAAAAUAUCCUCCCUAAUGAUCUGUUGGCAUCCACUAUCUAUUUUUGCCAAUUAAAAGCCUCUCUUUAUCUCAUCUGUGUUACAUCAACAAAGCUUCUCAACCUACGUACUAUUGUAUUCUAUAUAGGCUGGGUUAGGAAGAAAGCAACAAGCUCACCUGGCUGGGAUGCAGGGGAGUGAGAAAGGACUAUGACAGGGGGAUGGAACAUGCCACACUAAGCCUCAUCACAUUGAGAUGCCUUGUGGUCAUUUCCCAUACACCUUCAGAAACGUCCCUCAAUGCCCCUGCACUCUGGGAUGUUUGAGAAGAGAACCUGGCCUUUCCAGCUAAUGAGUAAAGUCACUCCAGCGAGAGAGAGGAGACCAGGCUGGGUCUUGGGAGGGGCCCACACUGCUGAACAGCUGCUGCCACUGCCCCACUCACGGCAAGCAAGCUGACCCUGUAAGGAUGAGCAGAGGAAGAAGGCCUCUCAACCCACCCCAAACAGUGGUGUAGUUGUCAUGGGCUGCGCAGGGUCAUCGUCCCUUUCUUUUUGGGGAUGUGCAUCCCUCCCGGGUCCCUCUGUUUCCGCAGCCGACUGCAUGACUUUCAAAAGGCCUCUUUCCCCCUCACUGUUGCCACCUGCACAGAACUGCUUGCGAGUGCCUGUAGCACCAACCGCGGCUGCUCCCCGAGAGAGCAAAGCCUUCCGCCUCCCAGUGCAGCAGCAGCACCUCUGCACACCGGCGUUAUUUCCCCCGCCUCAGCCAGCUUUCCUGUACUGAGCAGGAGGGACGCUGGUAGAGGUUGAAUUGCAUGCAGGGCGGAGGAGGAGGAGGAUAUAUAUACACACACAUGUGAAGUGAUUUCUCCUCCUUUGUAAACUCCAACCAGCAUGUUAGUGGGGGUAAGGUUUGCCCUCCAGCACGGCAAUAAUACAUUAAUAAGAAAUGCUGUACAACUUGAAGACCAGCUGCGAGGGCUUCGCUGGUGGAGCUCCCUGUCAUUUAGUUUUCCACGGUGAAUUGGCUGGAGGGGAAAUUGGCGGGAACUAGCGCUGCCUCGCUCCGGAUGGACCCAGGCAAGUGGUACCUGAGGGGAGAGGUGAAUGGCGACAGGAGGGAAAGCUUCUGCAGGGAGGGAGCAGGAAAGACAGAUUUCCUUUUAUUCCAUCCCAGUCCAUGUAAACAUGUUCCCCAGUGUGGUCAACAGGACUUGCUUUCUGUUGUGUGCACCCACUUCCAGUCCUGAAGGAUCACACGUGAACAGAAAGGGGGUCAAAGACUGAAUCCAGUCUCCCUUGUACAGGAGAGGGAGAGCCUUCCCAUAUCCACAGUGUGGCUGCAUCAUCUUCAAUGCCAUCCCCUCCAUCUGGCCCUUUGCAUCACCUGCCUGCAGCAGAAGUGGACCCCCAGCUAGCCAUGGACCCCUCAGGCUGUUGCUGAGCUUUGCUGUGGCCUGACAAUUGCCUCCUUGACAGGCCUUAUCCCUGUCACUUCACUGCUGUCGCUUUGCUGCCAAACCAUUUCCUCAUAGCCUCGCUAUAGCUUUCCCCAAAGAAUUCAGGCAACUAAUUGAGUGAGGUGCUGAGAAAACUCCUUUUGGGAUCCCAGAACUACGUUUCCCAUGAAGCUUGAGGAAAGGUCUGCCAGUUAAACUGGCAUAGAUCCAGAAUAACACUGCUGUGUGGAUAGGUUGUAUAAUCUGUGAAGGAGGCGUAGUGUGAUUAUUGUGAAGGGACCGUGAACUUCUGACAUUGCCACAACACUGCUGCCCCCAACCCUGCCAUCUCAGCUGCCAGCCCACCACCCCAGUGAGAGUGAGGUGGGACUCAUCUCGGGCUAAGAGCCCUUCUGAGCUCCUGCAAGUGACUGGCCUGCCUUGCAACUCUUGAGUGAGUGGGGUAGCAGCAGCAGUAGGAAACGCUUGAACCUGUUGUCUGCUUAGUCUUCACUCUGCACCUGCUCCUGGGGGUUGCCAGACUCUCCAAGCGAUUCCUCCUCUUGCUGCUGGAUAAUAAGCGGGGCAGGAGCAAUAGAAGGAAACUCUUGGAGCGCCCAGAGCCCCAGGAGUUGUGGCGUGAGAAAGAAGUGCCAGGCAAGGCAGGUCCUGGCAAGUGGUGCUCUGAAGGCCUCUUUGACCCUGACCCUGACCUUCGUCUCAGCCGCUAACCCAACACUCCAAUCCAGAGAGGGUGAGAGUGGUCCCACCAGAGCUGCUUAUGUAUGUGCGGAUGCAUGCAGCCCAGAAAUUGCAUGUUGGGUAAUGUGUGUGUGUGCACAUCAUGUGAGUGGAGUGAACUCAUGGCUUUCAGCAAUUCCACACCAUGCCUGCCUGCCCGCUGUUCUCUCUGUCUCUGCAUGCGUAUCCAGCAUGUCAAACACAGUGGGUUCACAGCAGCUAGCAACUAAUUAACAGAUGCCAGCUGCCAGCCAGACCCUCAAUCUGCCAAGCAGGAGGAACCAGGGGGCUAGCCAGCAUGUUUGCCAUUUGGGAGGCACUAGAUGAGGCAGAACACUCCUUAAGGGAGUCCAAAUGUCCAGAAACCAAGAGAUCUGAUCAGGCACAGGUUAACAGGAGAGACGGAGUAAUGUCUGCAGCAAGGCUUGACGUUGACACUAGCAAGGAUUCUCCCUUUCCUUCCAGUCUUUUAUGCUCGGCAUGCGAGGCCAGGUGCUUACAAUCAGCCUGCGUUCUUGCGAACUCUCCUGCUCCUUAAUUGCCUUUGUUGCUGGAACACCUGUUGGUGUCUUCUCUCUGCUGGGAAAAGGGGCAGCCUCCUGGUCACUUCCUGACUCUGACAGGCAGUCUCCUUCAGGGGCUUGCCCUUGGUCUGGUGAAGAAUCCUGAGCUGUUUCCCUGUUUGUCCCCUCUUCUGGGUCUGUGGUCUCCCAUUCCUCUUCCUCCUCAGAUGAGUCCUCUGAGCAGGGUAUGACAUAGCAUGAGGUCUCGAAGAUCAAGGAAGUGCACAGCACUGCUGCAAUAGGAUCUUAGUAGGAAUGCACAUUAAACAGUUUCAGUGGUGGGGACCUUUUAUUCCCCUUUUAUCUUUGCAACAUCCCUGAGAGGUAGAGGUUAGGCUGAGAGUUGGUUCAGUCAAGCUGCACAAGUUUGUUUAGCUACUUUAUUUUUUUAAUAUUAUUUUAAUGUGUACAUGUUAUUUGAUAAUUACAUGAUAAUGGUUUUUAACUGUUGUAAAAUGCCUUGUGAGGGCAGAAACUCUGAAAGGCAGGUUAAACACCUGUUAAAUAAAUGCAUCUUCAAUCAAAAUAACUGUUCAUAUCGGCAAGCGGCAGUUUUUGUCAAUAGAUUGCUGGCAGGUGAAUGGGAAUGUAGGGGACACAAUCUAUAUACAGAGUAGCAGGCCCUGGAAAUCCUCUUCCCCCCUCCCCCAGUUACUGCUCCCAUUGUUCUUCACACAUAUGCUGCAGACCACCAGCAUGAGACUCCCGGACCACUGGUUGUCCACGGACUACAGGUUGGGAACAGUUCUAGAAGUUAAAAAAAAAAUUGAAAAAAAAUUGAAUUGUUAAAAGAAAGACUACUACCAAUAAAAUAUUUGGGUUUGUUGAGUAUAGCACCAUCUCUCCUGCUGCAAAAUGUACACUGUAUGAAUACUGACAUUUAAUUAAAGAUAUCUCUGCAUGUCAGGAUCCUCUAGUAAAAGGCUUUUGCAGAGCAAAAGAUAAAGAUAAGGUAAUCCAUUCUGAUUUAAGUAGUUGCAGGAGUAGAUCUACCACUAGGGGAAACUUUACAUGUGGGGAAUGUUCAUGCUGCUGCUCCACAAACAUUACAAGUAAAACAGGACAUUCAUGCUAAAGGUGGAAGUUCAUUUCGAACAAUUUCAUCAGCUGUCAAACUAUUACUCAUACCAACACCAUAGGAGCCCCAUUAGCUACGUAUUUUGUAGAUUGUAAACCUAAAUAAAUAAAUAUAUAAAUUUACGUAAUGGUGGAACAAUCCAUUUCAGCUUCUCGUCUUUUCCCUUUUCAAGUUCAGUAGGGAACCUUUUCUUAUCCUUUGGGUCUUGUUAUUGCGUAUAUUUUGACAACUAGGCGUUCAACCUUGCCUGGCUCAGUGUACUAAGUAAGCAGAUGGAAUUAGAGUUCCCUCCCUUUUAUUAAUUCCCGUUCAUAGGACUGCCAUUAUAUCAAAUUGAGAUUUAAGGGCAGAGUCAUCCCUCAAUACAAGGCAUAUGUUUUUUUCAGAGCAUCUUUUUAGAGUUGGUAGCAAAGUCAUUCAAGAUGAGAUAGAGCUUAUAUUAUUGAUGGAAGAUGAACAUUACAAUACUUGGUGCGAGUGAAUUAAAAUGGAUGGGAAUGGGACAUUUUCAAUCUGGCAACUACAAAAUACUUUAUGCAGGAAAUGAGAAUUUAAGAAGAAACGGGGUUGCUUUAAUAGUGAGAAGUGAUGUAGUAAAAGCAAUUAGGACCUAUAACGCAAGGUCUGAGCAAGUUAUAUCAAUGAGAUUAAAUGGGAAACCUAUUAACAUAACCAUCAUCCAAGUCUAUGCAACAGCAAACCUAGAAGAGGAAUUGGAGAGAUUUUAUGCAAAGGUACAAGAAGAAAUUCUUCACACGUUGAAACAAGAUGUGCUGAUAAUUAUGGGGGACUAGAAUGCAAAAGUAGGGAACAGAGAACUAGGAAUUGUGGGGAAAUGGGGCUUAGGAGACAGAAAUGAAGCAGGAGAAAGACUUAUUGAAUUCUGUGAAGCCAGUGAUUUGUUUCUUGCCAACACAUUUUUUGAGCAACCAAAAUGACGACUUUACGUGUGGACAUCACCAAAUGGUCAAUAUAGGAAUCAAAUUGAUUAUAUAAUUGGAAGCAGAAGAUGGAGAAGUUCCAUACUUUCUGCAAAAACAAGACCAGGAGCAGACUGCGGUUGUUGUUGUUAUGUGACUUCAAGUCGACUACGACUUAUGGCGACCCUAUGAAUCUGUGACCUCCAAGAGCAUCUGUCAUGAACCACCCUGUUCAGAUCUUGUAAGUUCAGGUCUGUGGCUUCCUUUAUGGAAUCAAUCCUUCUCAACACAACAACAAAACUUUAUUGCGUAUGGCCAUAGAGGCCUUUGCAAAAUACGACAUAACACAAAUACACAUCGAAAGGCUAAAAUGUUUGUACAAAUUUAAAACAAUUAUAAGAUGUUAAAAGUCUUAAUGUGGUUCGCCCGUAAUUUCCUAGCAGCAAAGGCGAAGUUGGCUGCUGCAACUGUUGUUUGUUUACCGCUAUCGGCCAGUAAGUCAACGACCAUAUCUCGGGGGCUUUUCCCUGCGCGCAUAAGCAGGCGGAUACGGUAAGCUAGGAAUUUCCUUC